GCGCUACAAAGCAGAUAGAUCCACGGAGCGCCUCCCUUUAAAUCUAAACUUCGCAACCCUCUCUCUUCCUCUUUCAGCCUCCCUCGUCUCUCCUCUCCUCUCCUUUCACACGCAGACUCUCUCCCCAAAAGUAAACAAAAACAAGGUUACUUGCUUUGAGAGUAGUGGUAGUACUGGAAGAAGGAGGAGGAGGAGAGGGGGGAGAUUGACUAAUCAUAUUCAGAUCAAGAUGCAGCAAGGCAACGGUCCUGAUCAGAACCCAUCUCCACAACACCAACCUCAACAUCCUCAUCAACAACAGUGGGUCCCACACAUGCAGCAGCAGCAGCAAUGGAUGGCGGCUAUGCAGUAUCCAGCAGCUGCUAUGGCGAUGAUGCAGCAGCAGAUGAUGAUGUAUCCUCAUCAACAACAUCACCAUUACAUGGCUUACUAUCAACAACAACAACACCAACACCAACAGUAUGAAAAUAAGCAGCAGCAGUAUCAUCAAAAGCAGCAAAAACAACUACAGCAACAGGGAUCUAACGAGGAGGCUAAAACUAUAUGGGUUGGUGACUUGCUUCAUUGGAUGGACGAGGCUUACUUGCACAAUUGCUUCUCUCAUACCGGAGAGGUAUCAUCUGUAAAGAUUAUCCGCAAUAAGCAAACUGGUCAACUGGAAGGGUAUGGAUUCGUAGAGUUUUAUUCCCGUGCAGCAGCUGAGAAAGUCUUGCAGAGUUAUAGUGGCUCUAUGAUGCCAAAUACAGAACAACCUUUUCGUCUCAACUGGGCAAGUUUUGCCGGUGAAAGGCGAGCAGAUCCUGGUUCUGAUCUAUCUAUAUUUGUUGGUGAUUUGGCUGCAGAUGUGACCGAUUCAAUGUUGCAGGAAACCUUUGCUGGAAAAUAUCCAUCCGUCAAGGGAGCAAAGGUUGUCAUUGAUUCUAAUACUGGCCGUUCAAAAGGUUAUGGUUUUGUUAGGUUUGGUGAUGAAAAUGAGAAGACAAGGGCCAUGAUGGAGAUGAAUGGUGCUUUUUGCUCAAGUAGGCCUAUGCGGAUAGGAGUUGCGACCCCUAAAAAGCCAUCUGCAUAUCAACAGCAGUAUUCUUCACAAGCUUUAGUUUUGGCUGGUGGACAUGCAUCAAAUGGUGCGAUGGCCCAAGGAUCACAAUCUGAUGGUGACUCUAACAAUACAACUAUAUUUGUGGGAGGAAUCGACUCUGAUGUCACUGAUGAGGAUCUCAGGCAGCCGUUUUCUCAAUUCGGUGAAGUUGUCUCUGUGAAAAUACCAGUUGGAAAAGGAUGUGCAUUUGUACAAUUUGCUAAUAGAAAGAAUGCUGAGGAUGCACUGCAGAGUUUGAAUGGAACAACAAUUGGCAAGCAGACAGUUCGCCUUUCCUGGGGUCGCACUCCAGCAAACAAGCAGUGGAGAGGGGAUCAUGGUAAUCAGUGGCAUGGGGGGUAUUUUGGAGGGCAAGGAUAUGCUGGAUAUGGAUAUGCUAUGCCACCAAAUCAGGACCCAGGCAUGUACGUUGCAGCUGCAGCUUCCGGGGUGUCUUAACUUGGGAACAGCUUGUAAUCUGAAUGAGCAGGACAGGCUUUAAAUGCAGUCAUUAUAUAUUUGUACUUUGUGAGAGUUUUGUAGCGUGAUUGAAUUUUUAUUUUUGAGUUGUGUUAGGGUUUGUAUUAAUAUUUACUAGAAUUUUGAGAUCUGCUUGGAAAGACUGAUUAUUUGGGCGGGAGAAUCAUAUUUAUCUGUUUAGACUUGAAACUCUAAACAAGAAAUUAUGAGGGACAAAGCUUUGAAUAUUUGUUAGUUCUGCCCAUAAAUAAGCUGAAGCUUAAACUGAGAAGUUAUCACCAA